UCCGGGCUUUGGACAAUUUUUAGUGUUUGGCCUCUUGUCUUCUAGGGUUUAAGGUUUAACUCUCUUAGGGGUUUUGCUUUCCGAUUCUCUGAGAAACUGUGCGAUUCUAAGUCUCUGCUUCUCCGACCAUACAUGUUACUGAAUUAUCAUUAUUCCUUCUGUUAUAAACUCUAAAUCCAAAGAGAGAGAGAAAAUGAAGGUGAAAGUAAUAUCACGUUCCACAGAUGAAUUCACUCGAGAACGAAGCCAAGACCUCCAAAGGGUAUUUCGUAAUUUCGACCCAACCCUUCGAACCCAGGAGAAAGCCGUCGAGUAUGUCCGUGCGCUUAACGCCGCCAAAUUGGAUAAGAUAUUUGCCAGACCGUUUAUUGGAGCUAUGGAUGGGCAUAGAGAUUCCAUUAAGUGUAUGGCAAAGAACCCAAGUUACUUGAAAGGAAUUUUUUCUGGUUCCGACGAUGGAGAUAUUCGUCUUUGGGAUAUAGCUUCCAGGCGAACAGUUUGUCAGUUUCCUGGACACCAAGGUGCUGUACAAGGUUUGACAGUAUCAACAGAUGGAAGCAUUCUGGUAUCCUGUGGAAGUGAUUGCACUGUUAGGCUCUGGAAUGUUCCUGGUGCUACUCUUGCAGUUUCAGAUAACCUUUCCGAUAAUUCAGCCAAGGCACUGGCAGUUUAUGUUUGGAAGAAUGCGUUCCGGGCUGUUGAUCACCAGUGGGAUGGUGAUCUCUUUGCCACAGCUGGUGCUCAAGUAGAUAUAUGGAAUCACAAUAGGUCUCAGCCAGUGAACACUUUUGAUUGGGGAACAGACACCACUAUAUCUGUUCGAUUUAAUCCUGGAGAGCCAAAUAUUUUGGCAACAUCAGCUAAUGACCGGAGCAUAACAUUAUAUGAUCUGCGGAUGUCAUCCCCAGCAAGGAAAGUUAUCAUGAGGACGAAAGCCAAUUCUAUUGCUUGGAAUCCAAUGGAGCCAUUGAAUUUCACCGUGGCAAAUGAGGAUUGCAACUGCUACAGCUAUGAUGCUAGAAAACUGGAUGAAGCCAAGUGUGUGCACAAAGACCAUGUUUCUGCAGUAAUGGAUAUUGAUUUCUCACCAACUGGUCGGGAAUUUGUAACUGGAUCUUAUGAUAGAACAGUUAGAAUUUUCCAGUAUAAUGGUGGUCACAGUCGAGAAAUCUACCAUACAAAGAGGAUGCAAAGGGUAUUUUGUGUGAAGUAUAGCAGUGAUGCCAGUUAUGUCAUUUCAGGAAGUGAUGACACCAACCUUAGGCUCUGGAAAGCUAAAGCAUCAGAACAAUUGGGAGUGGUACUUCCAAGGGAAAAAAAGAAGCAUGAAUAUCUUGAAGCUGUUAAGAAUCGCUACAAGCACCUUCCUGAAGUCAAGCGUAUUGUGAGGCACAGGCACUUACCAAAACCAAUUUACAAGGCAGCCAACCUCAGACGCACAAUGAUUGAAGCAGAGAGAAGGAAAGAACAGAGAAGGAAAGCUCACAGUGCCCCUGGAAGUGUAGUGACUGAAUCCAUACGUAAAAGAAGAAUCAUUAAAGAGGUUGAGUGAGUUGCAAAUGGACGUGUUCCCAGGAACUAUGCCUUGCACAUGCAUCAGCACUGCACAUCUGUAGUUCUCUGCAGUGCAAUGCUUGUGGCAUGCAAUUCCCUAAGUUCUAUGACGUUUGUGCAAUCCUCAACUGAAUGUAAGCUGUAGUGAGAUGAGGCAGGAUCUCUUUGCUUUUUUUGUCCCCUUAAUUUAACAGUUUUGUCACAUAGAAAAUUUAUCAUCGAUAUCUUUGUAAUUUUAAUGUUGUCAUAAUCUGGUUUAUUAACGAAUGAAAAAUGGAAACUUGGUUUCCUUCUUAUGCAGUUGGCUUGUGCUUUUUGAUCA